GCUUCUACGCGGACCAGCUUGCUACCUCCACGCCCGCCAUGCUCGUGCCCCUGAUUGGCUCCUCGAAGGACACCUGCACGGAAUUCUUCAUUCGGCGCAACGAGGCAGUUGGCAUUUUCGUGGCUGAGAAGGGGACGAGGGGCGUACGCGUCGCUUGGAAGGACAUCGAUGAGACGGUGUCGUCCUUCAAGAAGCGGGAGGUUCGCAUGAAGCGGGCGCCCAACCGCAUUCUCUUGUUGGCAGACUACGAGCGGGAGCACGGAGAUCCGAACACCAACGGGAAAGGUCACAUGGUCAUCAUGCAUGAAGGCCACGAGUGCGUGCGCAUCCCAGGCAGGCUGGAGUGGAGCGAGGAGGACAUCGUCACUCAGGGAGUGGCGAAACGGCGCGUUCACCAGACCAGCGAGGGCUCCCUGUUCGACGGCCAGCUUGAUCGCGCCUUCGCGGGGCUUUCCGCAAGCCUAUCGCACGCAUUUGCCAGGGCUCCUGGCGAGGAGGCCCCGAGCAUCUUCGCGAAGGCGGCUGCUCCAGCUCCUGCGCCACCCUCGGCGGCCCGUCAGCCGCCGGCCGCCUCUGCGGCGGGGCCCAGUCCGAACAUCUUCGGCGGCAUCCAGGCUGCUUUCAUUCCAGUGGUGGCGCCCCCGGCCGCAGGUCAGCAUGCCGACGCAUGUCAGGCGGGCGCCGGGGCGAAGCCCAAGAAAGCAGCUGCCAGGCGCCGCGCUUCCAGUGCAGCCAGCAGCAGUGGUUCCACAGCCGGCGCCGGCGGCGUCGGCGGCGCUGCCGAUCGUGGCGCCACCAGCGACACCAGCGAGCAGGAGAGUAACAAGCGGCGCCCAGGUCGCCCGCGAGGAAACCGACGGGCAGCUCUGAUCACCCACAUGACCGAGUACCGUGCCUGCAGCCAAGACGAGAAGUACUUCAGCGUGCAGAACUUCCAGAGGCAGCUAGCCAAAGCUCUGGCCGAGUUCACCGACACGAUUGUCCCCGAGUCCAAGCUGAAGGAGGAGCUCGACGCAGCAAGAAUGAAAGGCAUUGACGAUCCCGAGCUGUACGCAGACUGCGACGCGGUCCAAAGUCUGCGCAAACAAGCGCAAGAGGCCCUCAGCAUGGCCAAGGCGUGGGCGCGGACUGGGACGUUUGACAAAGCGUUCCUCAACGCUUACCGGAUGUCGCUCGCCUUCCUCGCCAGUCCACCCGUUUCGCCUGCGCCGUUCCCGCACUGGAUGAUGUCGCAGUUCAUUGCCAAGCAGGGCGCCGCUCCAGACGAGAACAUGUGGAGUUGUUUGGAACCGUCCACACUGUCGGAUGCGGGGUUCCCGACCGCCGAUGCGCAGCAUGCUAUGCUCGUGGACAUGGUGAAAAUGAAAAUCAGCAUGAUAUCGCAGGGAGACCAGGCGCAUCUGCAGAGCGAUCUCCUUCGCCUGGCGCGCACCCUUCCAGAGUGGGCACCGGCGGAGCUGAAGGCGGACAUGGGCGCCUUGAGGACUGCGAUGCAUAUGCUCGAGGACGAUGUCAUGCCCGACCUGGCGGAGCUUGAGCAGGCGGCGGAGUGCGUCACAGGCAUCCUGAGCAAUCGCUGGCCCACGGCUGGGUCGGCGGCACAGUGGCCGAUCGCUAAGAAAGUGUUGCGCGACGCGCAGGUGGCGAUCGAGGGUUACACCGCUGGCGCCCAGCUGCAGAAGCGCGUGGCGAACUCGGUGAAGCAGGCCCGUGAGCACGCCCGGCAGGACGCCUCAACCACAUCUAUGGACGUCAGGACGCGCGUCACCAGCGUCCUAGGCCACCUGAGCACCAUCUCGAACCUCUUGCUUGCGGCGACUCCCCUGUCCGAGAGGUACCUCUGCGUUUCGGACAUCGACGAUGCGCUGCACGACUAUUGCGCGAUCGCGAUGGACUUGGUGUUGGACCUGUGCCAGGAGCUCACCGUGGCCGUCAUCGGCUGGUUGGGCAGGCCGCUCGAGGAGGCCGGCUGGGAGAACGCGACUUGGCAGGCAGGCGCCCGGGCGACCGUGGCCCUGACCCAGGCGGUGAGCGACCUUCCGAAGCUUUCGACGAAGCUGAAGGACGUCGGGGUGGAGGAGUACACCCAGCUUGCCAACAUGAUACGCGCUGCAGCCGACGUCGUCAGAGUGUUCCACACUUACCGUGAGCCUGACGCGAAGGUCGGCGACGUUCUCACGUACAUGGACGAGGCCCGCGACACCAUGCGGUUCUUGCGCGACUUCUGGGACGGGCACGAGCUCGAGGGUCAGGUCGCGCGGAUGAUCAGCGCACUCGAGGCGGCUGACCAGUACACGGAGAUCAAGACGCUGCUUGCGGCGCGCAUUGCUGACCGCAUGGAUGCGUUCAAGAAGUUAUGCAGCCUGUCGGUGUUCGGUAACUUCACUGACGUCUUCUGGACAGCCCAGUGGGCUGGAGACGUGUGUCACGACAAUGACGUGGUGGGCGAGUACCGCCUGAUCGUAGGCAAGGGAUACGACGCCCAGCUCACCCAAGAUGCCACGACGGCCUUCGCCGACGCCGUCGAGGCAGUGCGCCACUCUGGAGAUGUAUUGCGCACGCAGGUUGGCCUCAUUGUCGCGAUCGCCAAAGUGUGGGUGCAGGGGAUGCCGUUCAUCCAGUGCCACGGCGACCUCGACAAGGCCGCCCUGGACUCGUGGCUUUCCGCCCUCGCGGCGCACCAGGCGCUCCUGGGCACGGUGGACCACGCGUUCCGCGCGCACGAGGCAUCGCGCGGGAUCCAGUUCGACGAGAAG